AAUCCUCUCUUGACAUUUAGGUGUGUUUCUAAAUCUUGGCUUUCUUUAAUUUCUAGUGGUGAAUUUAUCAAGAUCCAUCUCAAUUUAUCAGCUAAUAACGAAAACACCCAACAUAUGCUUUUUUCGGAGGAACUCAAUUUCGGAGACAAAUGGAUUUUUAAAGAUUUUCCUCUUACAUCUUUAUUUAAUGACUCUGUUACCCACGCUCUUGAUUUGGAUUAUCCCAUUGAAAACGACACUCAAUGCCUCUAUGUUUUGGGUUCUUGCAAUGGAUUGCUUUUUCUUUCUGAUGAGGAAAAUGAUUUUUCCCUUUUAUGGAAUCCAACUAUUAGAAAGCACAAAAAAUUGCCUUUUUUUACACCUAGAUUUAAAGCAUACCAUUUCAAAUAUGGUUUUGGGUUUGAUGAGCUCCAUGAUGAUUAUAAAGUACUGGGUAUUUUUAAUUGUGGAUUCGAACUACCAAAUAAGCCACUUCUCCUUGAAUGCUCAUUUGAGCUACUGAUACCGGAACCGGUCUCUCUCUGGAUUAAUUGCAUUGAUGGCGAUUCAGACGACGUUGAGGUCAAAGUCUAUAGUCUAAAGAGCGAUUCUUGGAAUAGCAUUGAUAAUUAUGGGGAUACAUUAAGUUGUGGUUCAGGAUCGUUUGUGGAUGGGAUGUUACAUUGGCAUACGGGUAGGAACAUCAUUUCUUUUGAUUUAGCUAAUGAGAAAUGGGAUAAGAUGGAGAAGCCUUCUUAUGAAGUAGGAGAGACUAAAUUGUAUCUCGGAAAGUUGGGAAGUGAUCUUUGUAUCUUUUGUGAUUACAACAGAACUCAUUUACGUGUUUGGGUUAUGAAGGAGUAUGGGGUUAAAGAAUCUUGGAUAAAGAUGUUUAACAUCAAGUAUCCAAAUGAUCAAAGUCAUUUGCAUCCACUCCUUUUCAUGUCAAAUAAAGGUGAAAUGUUGUUCUUGAUUCAAUCAAGAUUCAUGAUAUACAAUUCAAAAGAUGAGUUAUUCAGAUAUCUCCGUCUUACUAACCAUGAAGGCAAUCAUGGUGUGGAAAUCUACAUUGAAAGCCUAGUUUUUCCUUUUUCUCAACUGAUGGGACAGAGAAUCUAGCAAAAGAAAGGUGGAAAAACCUUAGAUCAAAACAAUCGAGUAACAAAUAAAUUGUAAGAGUACUUCCUUCUCAAGCGCUUUCAAAUUUUGUUUAUUAUUUCAAAUAUACAACACGACGUGAAUUGUGAUGUAUUGGUGAAUGUUAUUACAUAUGUACUAAUGAACUUUCAGAAGUGAAAGUUAUAAUUGAAACGACACCCCCUAUU